CUGGAGUCAAGUCCCUCCUUCGCUUCGGACCGCCCAGAGAGCACCCGGGACGGACGUGCUACGUAAGAGGGAUGCAGUGCGCACGCGCCUGCCGCAGUUGCCCAUGGUAACCGAGAGCCGCGUAGAGGAUGGGCUUACUAUCAAUUCUGCGUAAAUUGAAGAGUGCACCAGACCAGGAGGUUAGGAUCCUGCUCCUGGGAUUGGAUAAUGCAGGCAAAACCACACUUUUGAAACAACUGGCAUCUGAAGAUAUCACCCAUAUCACUCCAACCCAGGGUUUUAACAUUAAAAGUGUGCAAGCCCAAGGCUUCAAGUUGAAUGUGUGGGAUAUUGGUGGACAAAGGAAAAUCAGGCCAUAUUGGAGAAAUUAUUUUGAGAACACUGACAUCCUGAUUUAUGUCAUUGAUAGUGCUGAUAGAAAAAGAUUUGAAGAAACUGGUCAAGAACUAGCAGAGCUGGUGGAUGAAGAAAAGCUAAGUGGUGUUCCAGUACUCAUAUUUGCAAACAAACAAGAUUUACUGACGGCAGCCCCUGCUGCAGAGAUUGCAGAGGGUCUGAACUUGCACACAAUCCGGGAUCGAGUCUGGCAGAUUCAGUCUUGUUCAGCCCUGACAGGAGAGGGUGUGUCGGAUGGCAUGAACUGGGUCUGCAGAAAUGUCAAUGCAAAGAAGAAGUAAGUCAAGCUGAGUUGCCUGGAACUAGAGAAACAGCAAGAGCCAAACAUGCUAGCCAGCUGCUAGUGUCUGACCAAAUAUUGUUCCAUCUGCCUGCAGCUACAGCUGUUCAGACUGGUAACCGUAGCUAAGCCUAACUGCUUCUAUAGGAACUUUAUCUGUUGACUAGUACCAUCCCCAUCCUCAUGCAAAUCUUUCUUUCAUCCUUUUAAAAAAGUAAAUAGUAUUAAGGGUCUCCCUAUUGUUCAUACUAGCAGUGAAAAUAGGAAUGGAUUGCUGUCUGACAUAGAGACUUCUGAUGAGCUCCACAGGGGUCAGAUUAUUAUAGCAAUAUAUAUCAGUGGCCACAUCCAUUCUGAAAUUAUUAAGAUUCUCCUCCACCCAAGAUUCUCCUCUGGUCUGGUUCAGAAUUUUUCUCAUUAUCCAAUAAAGUGAUCUUUUGUUCAUGUAAAUGCUUCAAUUUUAAAAUGAUACAUACCUUAGUACAUUGCUUACACUCAUUUGGCCGUAUGCCCAAAGGCCUGAUUUUCCUUCAUAAAGACAUGUAUAAAACUCACUUUCUUAGCAAUUGGAAUGGAGAAGCAGGAUGUCAUAAUUUAAUUAACUAAAACAACAUGUAUUGGUUGUUAUUACAUUUAUAUUUGACCUAAACUUUCCCCAAACGUCAGGUUUCACUAAGAGUUCUUGAAUGUUCAAGCUUAUUGCAUUGUAUUAGUCCUUGAAAAUAGAUUUUUUUAAAAUAGUGAAAGUAACUCAAAGCUCAAAAUCUUAUACAAGAAGCUAGUAACAAUAGGCUUUGUCAUAUUCUGAAGGGCUUUGAUGCAAAAUUUGAUUCAGUAUACCUAAGUUCUGUAAAGUCACUGAAUUUAUCUCUGGUAAUACAAACAGUAGAAAAAUGUGAAGUGAAAGUUUUUGUCCAUUUUAAAGAGUCAUGACUUGUAUGUAUUGUAUGUGAGUUAGUAUAGUUUCCUGCGAUUUCCAUUUACAUAUUGCUAACUCUGCAGGAAGUCAUUGUCUAGAUAGCUGAAAUACUGAAAUUUGUCAAAGAUUUAUCUUUGGCUAUGAGAACGUUGUUGCAUCAAAAUGAAGAGCAAAAGAAGAGAACCAUAAAGAAAUAAUAUUCUAAAUACAUUCCCAGAAAGACACAUGAUUUAAUAAACCUUAAUGUGCUGCCACAAUACCAAUAUAUGCCGUAGGUUAAUGCUUCUUGCCUCUUAAGUUAUUUGCUAAAUUUGUCCAAAUCAUUUCAUGGGGCUACUCUUUUGUGCAAGAGAUCACUUGCAGAAUAUAACCAGAUUGUAAGACUGAAAAAAUAUGGAAACUGAAAUGUUCCCUUUUGUUCCUGGAGGAAGUCAGAUUGUUUUACUAAUCCUCAAACCGUGGGCAUAUCUUUUGAGGAACCAGACAGCACUAACUUCUUUCAAAUAUUCUUUAUUCAAUCACUAUAUUGUGAUCCUUGCUCAUACCUUACUCUUUUUUGGGUGGGAUGGGGGAGAUAUUUUCCUCCUUGGUAUCUUAAAACAAGCACAAAUUGUAGAUUACUUAUAUUAACUCUAUCCCAUCUACUUCUGAUGGUUUAUGAGAGAUCAUAAGCAAAUAUUAUAAGAAGUAGAAGGUAUAAAAUGAAACAUGGGUAGCCAUCUAAAUACUUCUAGGGAAUCCAACUAUGCUAACUAAAUACAUGCUCCAAUUCCCAGGUGUUUUAAGAGUAUUUCAUUUUAUUUUAGAUAUGCCAUUAUAUACAACAGCUAAAAUGUUGCUUGCCAAUUUUAAAAUGAAACAAAAAUGAUAUGUAAUCCUUUAAUACAAACAUCAAAGAGGCUCAUGUCAUAAUACACCAAUCCAUUCAAAAAUAGAUACAUUUCUCUUGUACAUCAAGCUCUUCUUCCCCAGAAUUCCCUCUUGUGUUGGAAACACAUUAUAUUCCUAUGCACAGUUUGACCUUCAAGCACUUUUCAGCCCUCAAAAUUUUUAAAUACACAAUUUCCCAUUUUUCUUGAUGAGUUUCUUGCUGAAAAUUUUAUGUAUGUUGUUGAGAAGGAUUUAAUUGGAAUAACCAGAAAGAAUCGAUAUGCUCUGUUGAAUUCAGCAAGCCCCUAAAUUCCAGUGUUAAUGCAUCUAUCAAGUUUUAUUUAUUCUGAACUAAGAAAAUUUGAAGAACCCUCCCCUUUCUCCCCCCACCCCCAAGAUGGAAUUGGCCUAAUGAUUUCAAAAGCUAGUAUCUUGCCAAAAGUAAUGACUUAGUGGAUAAAUGCCUCAUGAACAACAUGGAAGAAGUGAUAAUUCAUGGAACAGUCUCCGGUUAUUCCUUACAAAAUGAAAAUGCUAGCAGAACACAGCAUUAGUUAGCUGUUCUUAAAUCUCCACAUGCCCAGCUUUUUGAAAAAUUCUCUUACUGGUCCUUAGAAUAUUCCCCAGUGAGCAAUAUGCAAUAAGUAUGGUACAAUGUGUAAAAGCUAUACUAUGAGUACUUGGCAAGUUGUUUUUCCAGUAAAAUAUUCUUUUUAAAAAAAAUUAAAUUGUGUUGAUAUAUUUAAAGGUAGGUCAGAAAGGUUGAAGUGUAGCUUAAGACACCUGAUUUAACAAGUUAAAACAUAUUUAAAAGCAUGGUUCAAAUGUGGUUUAAUUGUUUAUUUUCAUUACACACAGCUUCCUUACUCUCUAAACAAACAUUUUCUAAGAUCAUGUCAAAUGCUUUAUAAAGCCAUGCCUGCAAAUGUUAUCCAGCACACUUAUCUUUGUUUUUUUUUGUUUAAAAAACAAUUUUAUAAGCUCUUCUUUUCUGAAGUUAAUGAAAAGAAGUCUGAUGAGAUUUGGUAAUAUCAAACCUCUGUGUAUACAUUUAGAUAUUUGGCAACUUGAAUUAAAUUUGGAAGAAAUAACAAAGA